AUGAAAAAGAAAAUACUUAUUACUGUUAGUAGUAGUAGUAGUAGUAGGAUUGCUAAUCGAGAUAAUACAUUUGCUCCCCAGGAAGAGGUCUUUCUAACGUUUAAGUUUAAGUUAUCAUUCUUUCCUUCUAUCUUUCCAAAGCAAGCUAAAGCCUUCUGUCCUGUAGUUUCUUUUGUGAAUUAUUAUGCAAAUAAAAGGAAUAUUAAGAUGCUCACCAAUAAAACCGGCAAUCCUAAAAUUCGAAACUCAUUUUAUACUUUAGAAAUUCAUUUAUGUAAUGAUACCUUUUUUGGCCUUGAUUUGAUCUAG